AAGCGUGCAGAGAGUAUGUCCCAGCCCGGCUCGCCCCGAAGCGGUAGCGCCACGGAAGCCAGGAGUACAGCAUCUGCAGAGGAGUGCCACAGCCCUGGGGAGACUACGGAGAAACUCAAGGGUACAGAAGAGCAAGUUGCAAAUGAAGCUGGAGACAAGACUGCCAGACCCCUUGCCCGCUUCUCCCGGUCUAAGUCGCAGAACUGUCUGUGGAACUCCCUCAUCGACGGGCUCACAGGGAAUGCCAAGGAAAAGCCACGGCCAACGAUUGUCCAUGACCCCCGACCACCAGAAGAGAUCCUAGCUGAUGAAUUGCCUCAGCUCGAUAGCCCAGAAGCCUUGGUGAAGACAUCCUUCAGGUUACGGUCUUUGGUCAAACAAUUAGAGAGAGGCGAGGCUUCAGUGGUAGAUCUUAAGAAGAAUUUGGAAUAUGCAGCCACGGUGCUUGAAUCUGUGUACAUUGAUGAAACCAGGAGACUUCUGGAUACGGAGGAUGAGCUCAGUGACAUUCAGUCGGAUGCAGUGCCUUCUGAGGUCCGAGACUGGCUGGCCUCCACCUUCACCAGGCAGAUGGGGAUGAUGCUCAGAAGGAGCGAGGAGAAGCCGCGGUUCAAGAGCAUUGUCCAUGCAGUGCAGGCUGGGAUAUUUGUGGAGAGAAUGUAUAGAAGAACAUCAAACAUGGUUGGACUGAGCUACCCACCAGCUGUUAUUGAAGCAUUAAAGGAUGUGGACAAGUGGUCCUUUGAUGUCUUUUCCCUCAAUGAGGCCAGCGGGGAUCAUGCACUGAAAUUCAUUUUUUAUGAAUUACUCACCCGUUAUGAUCUGAUCAGCCGUUUCAAGAUCCCCAUUUCUGCCCUUGUCUCAUUUGUAGAGGCUCUGGAAGUAGGAUACAGUAAGCAUAAAAAUCCAUACCACAAUUUAAUGCACGCCGCCGAUGUUACACAGACUGUGCAUUACCUCCUUUAUAAGACAGGAGUGGCGAACUGGCUGACAGAGCUGGAGAUCUUUGCUAUCAUCUUCUCAGCAGCCAUCCACGACUAUGAGCACACCGGAACCACCAACAAUUUCCACAUUCAGACACGGUCUGACCCUGCUAUUCUGUACAACGAUAGGUCUGUAUUAGAAAAUCACCAUUUAAGUGCGGCUUAUCGCCUUCUGCAAGAAGAUGAGGAAAUGAAUAUUUUGAUCAACCUCUCAAAGGAUGACUGGAGGGAGUUUCGGACCUUGGUCAUUGAGAUGGUGAUGGCUACGGACAUGUCCUGUCACUUCCAACAGAUCAAAGCAAUGAAGACUGCUUUGCAACAGCCAGAAGCAAUUGAAAAGCCGAAAGCAUUAUCUCUGAUGUUGCACACGGCAGACAUUAGCCAUCCCGCAAAAGCAUGGGAGCUCCAUCAUCGCUGGACAAUGUCACUCCUGGAGGAAUUCUUCAGACAGGGUGACAGAGAAGCAGAGCUGGGGCUGCCUUUUUCUCCUCUGUGUGAUCGAAAGUCAACGAUGGUUGCUCAGUCGCAAGUGGGUUUUAUUGAUUUCAUUGUGGAGCCCACCUUCACUGUGCUCACGGACAUGACUGAGAAGAUUGUGAGCCCUUUAAUUGAUGAAACCUCCCAAACUGGUGGGACCGGACAGAGGCGUUCAAGUUUGAACAGCAUCAGUUCAGCGGAUGCAAAGCGGUCAGGUGUGAAGAGCACUGGCUCGGAAGGAAGCGCCCCCAUCAACAGUUCUGUCAUCCCCGUUGACUAUAAGAGUUUUAAGACGACUUGGACUGAGGUGGUGCACAUCAACCGGGAGAGAUGGAGGGCCAAGGUGCCCAAAGAGGAGAAGGCCAAGAAGGAAGCAGAGGAAAAAGCUCGCCUGGCUGCAGAGGAGAAGCAAAAGGAAAUGGAAGCCAAAAGCCAGGCUGAAGAAGGCGCAGCUGGCAAAGCCGAGAAAAAGACAUCUGGAGAAGCUAAGAAUCAAGUCAAUGGAACGCGCACGAACAAAAGCGACAACCCUCGUGGGAAAAAUUCCAAAGCUGAGAAGUCCUCAGGAGAAAAACAACAGAAUGGUGACGUGAAAGAUGGUAAAAAUAAGACAGACAGGAAGGAUCAAUCCAAUGUCGGAAGUGAUUCAAAGAAACCAGAUGAUUCAGAAGAGUAAAACACACCUCACAUACAAUAAAAGAGGCUGCCAGUGUCUUGCAUCAUUUUAGCUGAGCUUCUUCAUUCUCCUUCUCCUUCCACAAAGACCCGUAUCUGGGGAAGGUGUCCAACUUUCAGAAACAAGCUCCCCCUCCCCCUACACACUUGGCCUUCCCUCAUGCCACCUCCUUUCAAGAGAUGGCUCUCUGGGAGCUGGUUUGAGGUCUAAGAACUCUGGGGAAAUCCUCCCCCAAGCAAACCAAACAACUUGAGCUUUUUGCACAAACAGAAACAAAACGUGAAGGGACUCCCUCAGAAUUCUUUGCUAAUGCCCUUGCUUUCAAGGCACCUGUCUGGCCUGAUGAGGAUGGACAUCCUGGAUAUGCUGAGGGAGGCCUGAAAAAGCCACAUGCGCAGUAAUUGCCAUCUUACUACUGUCGAUGCCGUUCCUUUAAAUUGUUAUUUUUUUAACUGGCUACUGAUGGUGGAUACAGCCGUGCUGGUCCUUCAUCACAGCUAAGAUGAUGACUCCAGUCUCUGGUUGUUUCUUUCCUGAGUCUGGAACAUUCUUUUUCUCCAGUGUUCUUUCAGACUUAAAAUUGGUUCUUAUGCUUGUCUUUCCAUUUAUAUAGGACAUUCUUUUUUUUUUUUUUUUUUAAGAGAUUAUCCUAUAGGACUCUAUUUGUAAAUGCUUAAUUUAUCUGUGCUUUCAUUAAUAGAAACCUGAAUGUUUCCGCUGAUGACCGUACUGUUUAGGUGGGAGACACAUUGUUUUCAUUGGGUAGCAUCCAUGACUAAAUGGUUACUGAAAUUCUUACCACUCGGCGGUCCUCUUCUUUUGGAUAUUUAUGGUUUCACUUAAUCACUCUUCUUUCUAGUCAGGGAAGUGCUAAGGGAAUUAGUAUCAGGGAGAUAUGUCAAAUAACUCUUCUCAUUUUGGUGGGUCUUUCAAAAUAACACAGAGGAGAUAAUUAACAGCACAAGCCAAAAGAAAGCACCGUGGAUGUAGCAUGGAAAGAGAAUAAAGAUUCACCCCCCUGAAUUCAAGUCAAAAAUGGGAUCCAGUGGAAUCUAAGUAAAGGGUAAUUUUAUGAGUCUAAAUGGUGUGAUUUGGAUAAAACUGAUUCUUAAAAGGUGGUUAUGGUCCCCAAAGGAAUCUUUGAGUCCUUCCCAAGGGGAACCCCCAUGACUCUGCUGGUGAUGGAGUGGGGGCUAAUCAUAGGAAGAGAGCGAGAAAGCUAGAUGGUAGGCUUAGGUGUGUUCCCCAUUGCAGAUUUAAUUUCUACGUUAAAAACACCAAAACAAACAUUUCAAAAAUCUUCUUAUUACUAAAGCAAAACGUUGCUAUUUCUUCAGACAGAAAGGGUAGUCUACAGGGCCUCUUGCCCCCACUGAAAUAUUCCCCAACAGAAAGAGCUGAAGAACUCUUGCAUCAAAUGCCCAGUUUGUACUGAUAUUUAAACACAGUUCUCUGGUCAGCUUUACAUUUUGCCUUGUAAUAACACAUAUUUUUCUGUUGCUCCCUCUGCUUUUGUAACAGUGACCACAAUAAAUAAUGUGGUCACAAACUCAAACCAGGGGCCUAAUAGGUUGAGCAAAUGAGUAAAGCAAAGCCAUGUAAAAUCAGAGUUACUGUGAUCAAUGGCAGUUGGUAUCAGUGAGGCAGUAAGGAGCAGUAGGCACUGUGAGGAAUUGGAGCUUUCUGUAUAUUGAGAUAUGUCUUAUGGAAACAGGGCAGUUACUAGUCAGCAACAGGAUGAGUGCUAUGUAGGAAAGGUGGUCCUAGAUACCUGGGAUUUUAUAUAAACCCUCUCCAAAUAUUUAAAUACUGGCAAUGAGUUCAUAAAUCUCCAAAGAUUCUGCUGGUUGAAAAAAGUAUGCCUAUGACACACAUACCAUCCAUGGGAUAUCGGGAUGCAAACUAUGCUCUUUGAGGUGUUAUGGUUUUGUAUAGGAAGGAAAUACAACCAGGGCAUGUCCAGUUUUUCAUCUUGGAACCUGAACUUUUUACCUCAUUUCUGUUCUGUACUUUUGUAUGUAGAGCUUUGCAGCCGGUCAAAAUAGAAAGCUUACAACUUCCCUUUUAUACUCAACAAGUGAGACUAAACGAGAUCUGAAAAAGAAACAGGAAUAUAGCCAUUUUUUCUAGCAACAAUAAAGACAUGGUAAUGUUUUCCAUUUGCUUUAAGUCACUAAUUAGCUGAAAAAGAAUGGGGAGAGAGUUUCAUUCGGUAUAGAACUCUGCUUGGAAUUCUCAUUGUGGAGAAGCAAAACUCCAUGAAACUCAUCUUUAAAUCCUUAACAAUUAUUUUGAAGGGGCAUUAAGUAAAACUGCAAAAUUAUCAACUUUUUGAAAAUAUAAACAAUGUAUUAUUGUAAUAUUAAUUAAUACUGGAGUUGAUAAAACAUUGACAUUAUGAUCCCCAGUCAGUAUUGACUGGAAGAACAAUAUUUCCAAAGCUCUGGUGCACUUUCUGUGGUCUUUCUGUUCUCUUGAAACAGCUUCCAAAGGAGCAGCAAUAUGGGAUACACAUUAUUCCCUUUUUUGGAGUCCGGCAUCUUACUCAGUAUUACACAGUCAGGCAGAAAGCAAGGGCUUAUACACCUCAAUUAAGAAUUGAUCAGCAGUAAAGGGACGUUUCCACCAUAGACAAACCACAGUUUCUACCUGUCCCUGGGUGCAACACUUUCCAAAUGAAGUUGACCCUGAAGUUUGGGAGACCCUAUGUCACCAAAGAGCUCCACAUCCAGGUUUUUUGGUUGUGCUAUGUUUUGAGACAUAACGACCGAUCCAUUGGGAGGUCUUCAUUCCAUCUUUUAUUCAUGCCAACCUUUCUUGGAUUAUGAGCCCUAAUAACUUACAGCAGCAGGCAAGAGAGUCAUUUUUAGCCCAUUAAAUUUAAAUGGAUUUUCUUCCAUUACCCAUUUCAUUCUUGGAGCUUUUCAAAACUAUUGAAAACAUCUGACAGGAUUCUAUUAAAGGCCUGUUACACUUAAACAGAAAAAUAGUAUCUACACAUCGGAGAGCCAAAGAAGAAUCUAGCAUGGCUGUUUAUUUCAUUUGCGGAACUAAAGCCACUGUAUUGUAUUUUCCACCUAGAACCAUGCCUUUAGUAAAUUUGGAGAGUGAACAAGUCAAGAGCAACAUUAUGAUGGGAUAUGAGGCAGAAGGCAGACGAACAGAUGGAGACCAAUUUUGUAAUCCUAAUCCAUAUUUUGGGAGUAAGAAUACUGGUCUUUUUGUAUCACUUCUGUGAUGGAUCACUUUUCUUUAGAUAGAUGAUAGAUAAAUAGAUAGAGAGAUAGAGAGAAAGAAUAUAUAUUUUCUUCUAUUCUUCACCGUUGAGCAGAGACAUGAUAAACAUGACUUCAUAAUGUCCUCUGUGGGCUAUAGGGAAAAACAAAAGAAAAAAAGCAGUCAGUCUUUUUCUCAUAAUGAGAGAUUCUAAGAUUAAAGUCUAUGUAUGCAGUAUUAUGUCCCCAAUAAAGAUUCCAGUUAGAAAUGUUGUUCUGAUUCUGAGAUCCCCACACAUCCCAACAGGAGCUGCAGUGCUGCUCCCCCCACCCCAACCACCACCAAACACGGCCCAGAGAUAGUCAGCAUUCAGGAAGUAGGUGCACAACUGUCUAGCUGUGUUCCGCUAUCCACCUGUGAGUGCCAACAAAGCCCAGCAUCUCCUAUAUGCCAAGCAUAUCGCUAAAGGCUUACUUUCCACGGAUAUGCAGACAUACCAUAGUGACAUGAGUAGCUUAUCAUAAGAGAUAGAAAUUGCAGGUGGUUUUGGGGAAAUUGUCAGAGCAAGUUUAUGAAAAAAAUAGAAAUAAAAUAAAAUUUUCUCUAUGGCUUUCAGAUUUAAGAAAAAUAAAAACAGAAUAAAACAGGAUUUAUCUGAAAUUGUUCUUCCAAAAGGGAUGAUGACACCAAUCUAUAUGAAAUACCAGUGAACUUAUUUGUAAUCCAAGUUGAAAUAGUUAAAAUCCAAAGUGGACUGUCUUGCAGCAAAUAGGAGAUCCUAUAUGUGCGGCGUGGGGAAUCAUGGCCCAAUUUUGCUCUACUGAACUUAUGGUUGGUACAGCACUGAGCCACAGAAAAUUGGACAUUAAAGAACAUAAUGGUGCACUAAUGAUGUUAUAUUAGAUCUUAUGUGUGAAUAAAUGGAAAGUAAUACUUAUGAUUCAUCAA